UGUGCUGCGACUCAAAUUAACUGAGGGAGCCCAGAAUCACCGAGCCGCAGUGCGAGUGGUGCGGACCUGCAACAAGCCCGGAGAAACGGGACUGUGGCGGGCCAGGUCUGUAAGAGAACCGUCCUCUGCGGGCGCAGAGGAGUCCUCCCCCCUGUUCUCGGUGGCGAAUAAUUUAAAAAUGACCACACCGAACAAGACACCUCCUGGUGCUGAUCCUAAGCAAUUGGAAAGGACCGCGACAGUGAGGGAAAUUGGGUCCCAAGCUGUUUGGUCACUCUCAUCGUGCAAACCAGGGUUUGGAGUGGAUCAAUUACGGGAUGACAAUCUAGAAACUUACUGGCAAUCUGAUGGCUCUCAGCCUCAUUUAGUGAACAUCCAAUUCAGAAGGAAAACCACAGUGAAGACAUUGUGUAUCUACGCAGACUAUAAAUCCGAUGAAAGCUACACUCCAAGCAAAAUCUCAGUCAGAGUAGGAAAUAAUUUCCAUAACCUUCAAGAAAUUCGGCAACUUGAAUUGGUGGAACCAAGUGGCUGGAUUCAUGUUCCUUUAACUGACAAUCAUAAGAAGCCAACCCGCACAUUCAUGAUACAGAUUGCUGUUCUAGCCAAUCACCAAAAUGGAAGAGAUACCCACAUGAGACAGAUUAAAAUAUACACACCAGUGGAAGAGAGCUCCAUUGGGAAAUUCCCUAGAUGUACAACCAUUGAUUUUAUGAUGUAUCGUUCUAUACGGUGACUUAAAAAUGGGACGGAAGUGAAAUAGACAUUUGUUUUAUCCUGUCAUUGAAUUAUCAGGUGUCUUUAGUGGAAAAGCACGUUAUUGUACAAGUUUAUAUACAUUUUAAACAUUUUAAUUUAGAUAAAUAACUUUUGAGUGAUACCUGUUUUCCUUAUACAAUAAAGCUUAUAUAUUUUAUAUUGUUAAAAAUGAAUUUGAAGCCAAUCUUUACAUGUUUCUUUAUAUUAAAACAAAACUAGUUAAACUGAAAAUUUCAAGAUGUAUGUAAUUUUUUUACUAGCAUGGUGAUUAUUUCAUAUAAUGGUUGGUGGGUAUUUGGGAACAAAAUUCUGUUUUUUUAGUGUACCUAUAAUUUUUAAUAGCCUAAGAUUAAUUUUUUUGUAGAGGAAAUUUAUUUUUUAUAUGUGUGAUCCUUUUUAAACAUAAUAUCAAAAUAAACUGGCACUAGAUGUCUGUUAUGAACCAGUCUGUUUAGGUCUUAAUCUAGCAUUCUGAGCAUAAGGAUUUUUGUGAGUUCCAGUAAAGCUUGACCUAUACAGUGAGACCCUGUCUUAAAGAGACUGGGGGCUUUAGUAGGGGAGAAGCCAGUCUUAUUUAGAGAAUAUAAUUGUCUUACCUUCUCUCUUCCAUGAAAUAUUAUAACCCCAGGGUUGUCUAUAUUCUGACAAUAUUGUGUUAGAAAUUGCCAUUUAAUUUGCAGUUUAUCUCAGUCCAUGUAAUACUUACAUGAGGAACUUCAGUUUGUGUCUGACAUUGUAACAUUUUCCACAGAUAAUAUUUCCUAUGAGAAUUUAAAAAGAAAUGGCUUUUUAUUUUUUCUGUAGAACAUGGUUGAAACAAUGAAUAUUGACUGGUUCAUAAUAUGUUGUGUCCUAUAUCUGAUUGGGAUGGAGUCAUUAAUCCCAGGACUGCCCCUAGAUUCACUUUUGUUUUAGAAAGGUUGUUCAUCUAGGUUGUUUCCAGGCUCUGGCUAUUACAAACAAU